CGCUGUUCUCCCGUCGGCAUCGGCGAAUUCUCGUCAAGUGUGGGCGCGUGCGCGUGUGGACUCGGCUGCUCCAAGCUUUCUCUGUUGGUCGCGCAACGUCGCCACUAGUCGUGCGACCUCGCGCUCCUUCUCUCUCGCUCUACGCGUUGCUGCCGGUUCGAGAGUUUCCAUCCAACAGCGUUAAAUGUGAUUUCUUCGGUUGAAGUAAGAAGAGCCCGUUGCGACCGUGGCCUGACCGUUGAAUCUCGCGGCCCGCUUUUCUUCUUAACGAGCCAACGAUCGAGCCUCGAGGAUUCACGCGAUCCCGAGACCCCGCGACCAGCAGCGUGCCCCUUGGAAACACGGCAGACGGAAAGGAACCGCACGAAAUCGCACGCGGGAAAACUCAUCGUUACGAGGGAGCCGUGGUAGUGAUCGGUCUUGUCGGAGAAUGAAAGCAGCGCGUGUCAGUGAAUACUGGGCUUUGUGCUUGGUGAAAAGCGACUAUUAUCGGUGAUCGUUCUCUCGUGCGUGCGAUCGACGAUGUUGUCUGGCCAGUCUGGGGAUCUUCCGUGACCGUGUUUCGCGAUUAUCGUCGCCCGUUCCCAGUGAUUCACGGUUUUCUGGUUCGUCUAAUUGGUCCGAUCGUUCCGAUACCAUCGUUCCGUCGCUCGAUAUACGAUGUCGUUGCCGCGAGGUGUCGGUCUCGGUGUCGACGUGGGCCAAUUGAUGCAACACCAGCAACAACAGCAGCAACAUCACGUGCUACCAGCCGCGUUCUUCCUUCGUGCCAGUGCCGAGAGAUACCAAAGGACACCAAAGUGCGCGAGAUGCCGAAACCAUGGUGUCGUUUCCGCGUUGAAGGGACACAAACGUUACUGCCGUUGGCGCGAUUGCGUGUGUGCGAAAUGUACCCUGAUCGCCGAGAGACAGCGGGUGAUGGCUGCUCAGGUCGCGUUGCGGAGGCAGCAGGCCCAGGAGGAGAGCGAGGCCCGCGAGUUGGGCCUGCAACUGCAGUACAAUACGGGCAGCUGCACCACCGCCCCCGUAAUGCCUGGUGCGGCGAGCGCUACCACGCCAGCUGGGAGUCCGCCCCCGCACCCUGCCCAUGUCUCGAGUCCCGCUGGCCUGGCGAUUCCAGCGGCGGCGGCAGCCGCUGCCGCGGCGGCGGCCGCACAUAUUCAAACGCAACUUCAGCACCAGCAGCCCGAGUGUGGCCUCCUGCAACGCAAGAGGCUCCCGCAGGAUGAGUAUCGGCAACCCAAAAUCGAGAAACAGGACUCCAUCGUCGGUGGACUGACAGGCACAAAGAGGUCGAGAAUCUCUGAGAGCACUACGGGAACAAUGCUUUCCACGAGCGACACCGGUAACGAAGACGACCGUGACUCCGACUCUGGUGGAGAACUCCUCGCUGACCGUACGUUGGGUAAGACGUUUUCUCCGAUUACCGUUUCCGGAAUAAAAAGUCGUAACAGACUACCCUGUAAUCAACGACUCUGUAUCGUUUGCGCGACAGGAGUGCCAACGUCGAUCGGAUUGACGGACAACGAGGCGCCAAGGAAACGAUCCAGUAGCCUGAACGAUUCCGAGGAAGGAAGCCCGGAACCCGGUUCUCAGAGUCCGACGCACACGCCGCCUCUGACGCCAGCGCUGACACCUCAGAGAGAGGACACACCGGCGCCAGAGAAUCUCAGCCUUCGCAAAAGCGGUAGCCCACAGCAAACGCAACAGACCCUUCAACCGGUGGAUCUUGUGCAACCUAGACCCAGUCCACCGCUACCUUCGCUGGCGACCAUGGAAAGAUGGAAGUCGUUUCUUCCGUUCCAGGCUGCAGCGACGGCGGUGCACUUUCCACCGUACGCCCCUCUCUACGGGCCAGCGGCCAGUUCCCUCUACUGUUCGCCAGCCCUCUACCAGCAUCAGCACCAUCAUCACAUGCCGGAGCCCCGGGAAAUCCAGAUGCAGAUGCAAAUGCAGAUGCAAAACAUCCAGCAGUCGUGCGGGCUGCAGUUGCAGCAGCAACAGCAACAGCAACAGCAGCAGCAACAACAACAACAGCAGCAGCAGCAACGGUCCCCGGUGGACGUUCUGCUUCGAGUCUUUCCAGGAAGGCGUCGCGCGGAUGUGGAGGCUCUGCUGCACCGGUGCAAAGUGUCGCCAUCAGAAAGAAAGCAAGCUGUCUGUGUCGCAGGCGACGUAGUCUCCGCCAUGGAGGUGCUGGUCUGCGAGGACAGUCUUCAACCAAAGUCGGCGUUCUCACCGCUCGCAGGCGCUUUGGCGUCGGCCGCCGCGGCGUCCGCCUCGGUCUCAGCCGCGUACGCGACUCGCGCCGCGUACUGCACCACUCCCAUCCCCUCGACGAGACACAGGUUCCUGGCUGCGCCGUACGCCGGCACCGGUUACCUGCCCACGGUGAUCAAGCCGCCCAAUCAGAGCCUUCACGCGAACGGGACCGGCGACGCCUAUAGGGAAACCAGUCCCGACGACGCCAGCGACAAGACCAGCUAUUCCGAGUGACCUGACGACGCGCAGGCCGCCACCUGGUCUUACCUGCAAUAGUCGUGGGACGACGACGACGUGCUGCUAGGGAGGAGGAGGGACUUCUAGCGGGCCAAUGGCGACGUUUCGAGGUCUUUGGGCGAUCGCCGCGGCGCGACGCGGCCUGGCUCGGUUUCUGGGCUUCGAGGAAAAAGGCGCGACGAGUUGGACGCUUUUCAGACCGAUCGAGAGCUAAGACUUUGGGGAAUCGACGAUGGAUGGGCCAAGACUGGACAAUGCUCUCGCGGGAGCGAGCCAGAGGUCGAGAUUUCAGGUCGUAGCGACGUCGACUGUCCUCUGGGCCUAAGACGGAAAACAGGCCUGUACAGAAUCCGAACAACUACCAACCGUUCCACCGGAAUGCUCCGGAACGUGAGUAUAAGAAACCCGUGGAAUCGGUCGAGGAACUCUAAUCUUUCGCGGUCGUAUGUCGGGCGA